AUGUCUGGCCAUUUCACACGCAGGCUGUACGCCAUACUAAACCCGCUUCUCGGGCAUGGAUCGCAAGCCAGUAGUCGCACGCCACUGAAUCCAGGCAAUUUCUCUUCGAGGCUUUUCUCUAAAUGCCCGUGCGCGGAGAAACCAUAUCACCCAUCUCAGAUCUCUAACAGGGCUACGAGACGCUUUGCCUUUGGGGGUUGCCUUGUGCUCGGAGCUUUACCAAACUCAACUGCACUGGAGGCUCGUUCAACAUGUACUACAUCUCCAAAGAAAUUAUUAUAUCGCCUUGACCGCAAACCACCUCUGAUAUUCUCUCAGAAUGCGUCGAAGCGCAGACUACAUACACACAAUGACGAGAGCCAUCAGACGAAGAUCCACAAGGAUCACUCUGAACCUACUAGUGCUACUCGCAUAACCCAUCCUUUGCCCACAGGCGACACACAUGAGGUCACCCAAGGCCGCGAAUACUUGCCAUCCUCGAAUGAUGCUCACCAAAAGCUACAUGCUAAUCGCCAUCUAAUCAACCGCUUGCCGCACAUGCCUCAUUUGCAUCGACCCUCAAAGGAAGAAUUGCUGGCAGCGGCAAAUGGCUUUUGGUCCAGACUUAAGGUGCGAUUUAAGUGGUUUUCGAUACGGAGCGUUCGGCCUUUCAACUUGGACGAGAUCACAGCUCUUUUUUCGUGGGUGCUUCUCGGGCAUGUAGUCUGGGUUGUGUUGGGAACGACAACUUUCUUUUCGUUGCUUAUUAUCGCAAUCAACACUGUUUUUGCUCAAGAAACAUUAGCAGGGUGGAUAGGUAACUAUCUAACCAAGUCAUCUGGGGUGAAGGUUGUGUUUGAAUCUGCUAUUGUUCCUAAAUGGAGAGAUGGUGUGAUCACGUUCAAGAACGUUUUCGUUUCAAGGCGACCAGGCCAAGGGACAGGAAACGUCAGCAAAGGAUCGUCGAAGACCGCUGCGGCCGUAGCCGCAGCUGCAGCUCUAGGGGGCGAGCCCAGUCAUGAGCUUCCCGAUCAGCGAACGUCGUCGGACGAGGAAGAUACGAAUUAUACGCAGUUCGACGUGUCAAUCGAAACUGUCAAUGUCACCCUAUCGUUCACCAAAUGGAUAAACGGAAAGGGGCUGCUUCGCGAUGUUGAGGUAAGAGGCAUCAGGGGAGUCAUUGACCGCCGUUAUGUUCAUUGGUCGGAUGAUGACCUGGAUCCCAAAUCGUACCGGCAUGAACACCACCCUGGUGACUUUGAGAUUGACUCAUUCAAAAUGAGCGACGUGUUGGUGACAGUCUAUCAGCCAGACGGUUUCAGGCCCUUCCCUGUUAGUAUCUUCUCUUGCGACUUGCCUCAACUGAGAAAGCAGUGGCUCCUAUAUGACUUCAUGUCGGCCAACAUGAUGUCUGGAUCUUUCGAUAAUUCGCUCUUUACAAUCCAUCCCCGUCAAACACACGGCUUUACCGGUGCACAGCUCGACAGUGGCACUGAGGACGGCAAGUCAAGCCCGUGGAAAAAGCAUAGCAGGAUACGUGUGGACGGGCUCAACAUUGAUCAUCUAAACCGUGGGGUCCAGGGACCUUUCUCCUGGAUACACGAGGGUACAGUCGAUAUCGUUGCCGAUACCAUGUUCCCAGCCGAAAAUGAUGAAAGUCUGGCUAAGGUUAUGGCUGACUUUUAUGACCGGCUGGAGGCCACCGUCACUUCGAACAAUCACCACGACCCGGCAUCUUCCAAGUCAUCACCUAGCGAUAUCGCUUCCGAGCAGGAUAAGCGAUUCCUGGUUACUGAUCUACGUCUCCACUUGAACAAUGUUAAGGCAGUGGUUCCCCUGUUCACGCGGGAUUUGUCUUACAUCAACAAUGCACUAAUCCGCCCCAUUGUUGCAUAUAUUAAUUCAAGGCGCACGUUCAUUCCUGUAAAUUGUCGACUUGUCAAGCGGGUCGGUGAUUUCGACGGCAGUUGGACGACGUUUGAUAGCGGCUUGAUGGACGACCUUUCGGCGGCAGUCUACGAUGCUUUCGCUCGAGAUGUUGUGGAUGAACAAGCUCGGAAGCGUCGUUUCAAGAAAGUUGGUUUCUGGUCACUUCAGCUGGCCGCCCAGGCCAUCUUCAUGGGCAUGGCUGGAAACAUAGCCUGAGUUUUUAUUUUUGCAAGGGUUACUUGGCGUUCAUAUUAGUGCAGUGGGGUACUGCUACAAAGGCGUUCAAUGAAGAUAAAGGGUUUCAUACUUGGGGCGUUCUUUCAAUGUUGCAAU